GCCAGCGUCGGAGUUCAGCCUGAGGGGGGAGCCGGGGAGCCGCCGCCGCCGCCGCAGCAGCAGGGGUCGGGGGAGAAGCGACGCCGAGCCCGCGAGCGCACCCGCGGAGGACCGGAGGGGCCCCGCCGAGCGAGCGCCCGCGCCCGCCAGGCUCCCGCCGCUCUCGGUGGGUACCGAGCACCCCCCUCCCCUCACCCCACCCCGCGGGGGGGGGAAGAGGAACGCGCGACCGGACGGACCGGAGCGAGCGGGGAAGGCGUGGGGGACGAGCCGGCCGCGGCGCGCGGACCCCGAUCGCCGCCGCGAGGGCCCGGGGCGGCCCCCCGCGGAGACCCCCACCCCCAGACCUCCCGGGCCGCCCGGAUGUGUACUAAAAUGGAACAGCCCUUCUACCACGACGACUCGUACGCGGCGGCGGCGGCGGGGUACGGCCGGACCCCCGGGGGCCUCUCGCUCCACGACUACAAACUCCUGAAACCCAGCCUGGCGCUCAACCUGGCGGAUCCGUACCGCGGGCUCAAAGCGCCCGGGGCGCGCGGCCCGGGCCCCGAGGGCGGCGCGGCCGGCAGCUACUUUCCCGGUCAGGGUUCGGACACGGGCGCGUCUCUGAAGCUCGCCUCCUCCGAGCUGGAGCGCCUGAUCGUCCCCAACAGUAACGGCGUGAUCACGACGACGCCCACGCCCCCGGGACAGUACUUCUACUCCCGCGGGGGCGGCGGCGGCGGCGGCGGCGGCGCGGGGGGCGCGGGGGGCGGCGGCGGCGGCGUCACCGAGGAGCAGGAGGGCUUCGCCGACGGCUUCGUCAAAGCCCUGGACGAUCUGCACAAGAUGAACCACGUGACGCCCCCCAACGUGUCGCUGGGCGCCAGCGGGGCUCCCCCCGCCGGCCCCGGGGGCGUCUACGCCGGCGGCCCGGAGCCGCCUCCGGUCUACACCAACCUCAGCAGCUACCCUCCGGCUUCGGCCCCCUCCGGGGCCGCCGCCGUCGGGACCGGGAGCUCCUACCCGACGGCCACCAUCAGCUACCUCCCGCACGCUCCGCCCUUCGCCGGCGGCCACCCCGCGCAGCUGGGCUUGGGCCGCGGCGCCUCGGCCUUCAAGGAGGAACCUCAGACCGUGCCCGAGGCCCGCAGCCGCGACGCCACGCCGCCCGUGUCCCCCAUCAACAUGGAAGACCAGGAGCGCAUCAAAGUGGAGCGCAAGCGGCUGCGGAACCGGCUGGCGGCCACCAAGUGCCGGAAGCGGAAGCUGGAGCGCAUCGCGCGCCUGGAGGACAAGGUGAAGACCCUCAAGGCGGAGAACGCGGGGCUGUCGAGUACCGCCGGCGUCCUGCGGGAGCAAGUGGCCCAGCUCAAGCAGAAGGUCAUGACCCACGUCAGCAACGGCUGCCAGCUGCUGCUGGGGGUCAAGGGACACGCCUUCUGAGCGUGCGCCCCCCCCCCCGCCCUUCCCCGGCCCGGACGGCCGCGCGCCCCGGGGACGAGGGGCGAGGACGUGGCCCCGGCCCUGAGACCCCGGGGGCGUCGCCAACCACACUGGACCCGGGCCACACUGCCCGUACUGCGCCCACUCCUUCCACCUCGACGUUUACAAGAACCCCCUCCCCUUCCACGUUUGUUUUAUUUUUUUGUAAUUUUUUUUUCUGUUGGAAACAGACUCAAUUCAUAUUGAAUAUAAUAUAUUUGUGUAUUUAACGGGGAAGAAGAA